AUGCAGUAUAGAAUCGUCAUCCUUGCUUCGGCCUUGCUUGCCACAGUCUCUGCUGCCCCUCGCCCCGAAAUCACAGAAGCACCCAAGUAUCGUCGACAAGACUUCUGGAACCAGAUUGGCAGUGACUUCGGCGCCAUCGGUACCGAUAUUAGCAACGAGUUUACCUCAAUUGCCGGUGAACUAGGGGGAGAUAUGAGCAGCGUUGGAAAGUCCAUCACCUCCAACUGGGACUCGUUUACGUCCUCGGUUGGCUCACAUGUUUCCACUGCCGCUGCAUCAGACUAUAGCAGAUGGUCCAGCCAGGCCUCCAGUUUGGCUAGUGGUGCCUCUGCGGCAGCGACCUCAUGGGCUGGUAAAGCCGCGACUGAGACAAACAGUGCUUCGGCCUCAAUAGAAUCACAGUUCGCUGCUGAUGCUUCUAAUAUCGCGAACAACGAACAACGCGCCGCUUCAUCUUUCGGCGUGCGAGCUGCAGAAGCAACUGCUGCUGUUGCUACUACUACUUUUACCAGUGCGACUACGCUGACCAACUCUGCUGGUUCAGCUACUGGGACCAGCACCCUGACCAGCACUGAGACCACAACCAGCUCAAGGUCUAGUUCUUCGACUACUUCUUCCUCGACAUCUACCUCUACCGGUGCCGCUGCCGCUGCCACUGCUGGAUUGAGCAUAGGUCUCGCCGGUUUCGCAGGUCUAGUUGGCGUCGCUGCGGUGGCUCUGUAA